AUGGUUCCAUCGCAGUUCGUAACCUACAAAGUCGCGAAAAAGCUUUUCGACCUCAACGUCAUAAGCCGCGCCACUUUCCUUUCCUUCGUGAAAGAGUUCGCAAAGGUGAUGAAGGGUCUGCGAAAGGAAGCGACCAUUACAGUUGACUGGGACGCAGUUCGAGAUAUGUUUGACUUCGACGACUACGCCGACGUUGUCCCUAUAAACGCAGCAAAUCUAUGCCCAUCCUUCCACGCCGUUCAAGAGUACGUCAACCAGAUGGGAAUUGACAUGAACAAAGACGUGUCCAUUCAAAAGAGGACCAGCGUCUUCGCAACAAUCAUCGACGAUGCUCGAGCUCUGAUUGCCCAACAGCUCAACAUCAGCACAGCUGAACUCGCCUUCAUGAGGAACGCAACCGAGGCCAACAACAUCAUCAACAAUGGGUUGGACUUCAAUGCAGGUGAAGAGGUGGUUAUUUGGUCCGAGAACCACGGUACCAACAACCGAGCUUGGGCGAUUAGGCAGCAGCGUAACCCAAACAUCAACAUCAUAACCGUGGGCCUCACAGGAGCAACGACGGACCAAGAGGUGAUCAAUCGAUUUGUGGCGCGAGUCAAACCUGGAGUUACCCGUGUGGUGACUUUCAGUGAGGUACGUGAAACUUUUCUGGAACUGCUGGAGAUUAGCUCAGUUGGUAGAGCGCUUGAUAGUAAAGUGGCGAUGUCGAGGAUUCGAUCCCCGGGGCUGAGCUAAUAACCUAGCCGGUGUACAGACGCCCUCGGCUAGCAAUAACCCAGGGUCUUAAAAUAACUGCGAAAUGAACUGAAGGCACUCUGUUCUAGAAACAAUAACCACGUAAAAUGACAGUACCAUCUGCAGUCGGAGACAUCAAAAUAGUGUCCUCAAUUAGUAAUUUCGUGCUUAAUAUAUUGAUACAUCUUAACCCUUUAACCGGCAAAUUUUUAUAGGAAAUUUUAUCACCGCAGCUGUGUUGUGAAAGUAUGCUGACAGCUAGCUUCCAUACUAUAAACUCCCAGGGUCAUUAACUAUAAAUCAAAAUGUUUGUCAUAGAAUGAUCUUCUAAAUACAGCAAUAAAAUACGAACAAGUUUUAUUGUGAAUAUUUUACAAAAUUGUUUCCAAUUUCAACUUUCCAAAGUUGAUUCAUCUAAUCAAGUCAAUCGCCAUUACGAGUCAAAGUCGGAAAUCAUUCAGCAAAUGCUUUAUCAAAAGAUUUUCUUAGUAAAACGUGUUUAGUUUUCAUUUUGUUCAUAUAACUGAAGCUCUGGGAAACAAAAAUUCACAAAUCCCUUUCACUCCCAGAGGUAAUGAUGAUGUGCUGCGACUCUAACGUUUGCAUCUGAGGACAAAAUCCUUUGGGGUGACCACACUAUAUAUAUAGCUAAUGAAACCUCUUGAGUAGUACUUUAUUUAACAUAUAGAACAUGAUGUAGUUCUAACAUUGAUCAACUUUUUGUGGCACAAAUCGUGUGGUGUGGCCAUUCAAAGGGAACCUCUCUUGAGCAGUACUUUCCCGGAUAGAUAGCACUAUGCGUUUUUCAGCAGUGUUUUUCAAAACGAGAUUGGGAACUUCUGCGUAGUUUGUGUAUCUACAUCCAAAUUUUAUUGAAUCGGAAACCAGGGGGGUUUAGCUAGGAUCAUGCCUGGCUGGCGGCCAGUGAUAUAAUUCAUGAUCAGUAUUAGAUAUCACAGACUCAAAUAACCUCGAACAACAGCUUUAAUAGUUGAUACAACCAAAUUGUCCUGCUAAGAGUAACCACAGAAACUUGUCUUUUCGCCACGCAGAUUUCCAACGAAAGUGGUUUGCGCAUUCCUUCGAAGGAUCUUUGCUCAGCAGUCCAUGCUGUUGACCCCAAUGUACAUGUGCAUGUAGAUGGGGCACAAGGCUGGGGAGUCCUGGAGCAUGAUCUUCAAGACAUGGGCUGUGAUAGCUAUGCCGCAAGUGCCCACAAGUGGUUUCUCGGGCCUUAA